GGGCCCUUCCUCUUGGCAGCCUCGGACAUUCAGCAGGUGCUGGUACAAGCCCUGGCUGGGAUGUGGGGUGGGCCCAGGGUCAGCAAGCAGGAAGCCGGGGCCCAGGAAGCCGGGAACCUGGGCCCCUGGGUUCAGGGGAGGAAUCCUACAGCGGCAGGGUGCUUGGGGAUCUUUCUCUCUUUGUCCAGAGCCUUAUGUAAGAGCUCUUCUCGGGAAACAGGAAGUCUCGCUUGCCAAGUUCAGCACAGGGAGUAGUGCAGGCCUUAUUCCAACACACCCGGCCUGGCCUUAACCCCAGAACUCAGCCAGUUUCUUGCUUCCUUGACCCUGGUUCUCCUCCCCACCGACCCCCUCCCCUCCUUUCCCACCUUUGGUCACUCCAAGCCAACUUCCCCAGAGAGCCUGCCUGUGCCUGAGCCAGAGGGUCUUCCACUCUCACCCCCUGACCCUUAACGCUGUCCAGCUUGUCCCUCCAUCCCGGCUCCUGGCACGAUGCCCCAGAGCCAGCCAACCUUCCCUCCCCCACUCCUGGGGCCGCCCCGGGGUUCCUGCGCUCUGGCCGCUCCUCCUGGGUGUCACUGGCAGCCCCGUCCUUCCUAGAGAGACUGAUAGCAAAUUCUCCUGAGGCUGGAGGACGGUGACGGGUCUCAGGACGUCACUGGCCCCACAGCGGAGUGCCAGGAACACCAACAGUGCCCUGAGCUUGCUUUCCGCCUCCCUCCUUUUUAUUCUCAAGUUCCUUUUUACUUCUCCCUUGCGUAACGCCCUUCUUCCCUUCUGCACCACUGCCUGCACCCCCACCCUCCCAGUCACCUCCUUGCCACCCCACUCCUCAAGCCACAGCUGUUGGCAGGGUCCUCAGCUCAUGCCAGCCUCAUCUCCUUCCUCGCUAGCCCCCAAAGGGCCCCCGGGAGACAUGGGGUGCCCGGUCCGAGAGCCGGCAGUCUCAGUUGCCCUCUGGUUGAGUUGGGGGGCGGCUCUGGGGGCUGUGGCUUGUGCCAUGGUUCUGCUGACCCAACAAACAGAGCUACAAACCCUAAGGAGAGAGGUGACCCGGCUGCAGAGGACCGGAGGGCCUUCCGAGGAGAGGGAAGGGUAUCCAUGGCUGAGCCUCCGGGAGCAGAUCCUGGAGGAGAGCCAGCACCAAGACUCAGGUUGCUGGGAAAAGAGCCCUGAUGGCCUGGAAGCCCGGGAGGAUGGGGAGAGAUCCCGGAGAAGGAGAGCAGUGCUCACCCGUAAACAGAAGAAGAGGCACUCAGUUCUGCAUCUUGUUCCCAUUAACAUCACCUCCAAGGAGGACUCUGAUGUGACAAAGGUGAUGUGGCAGCCAGCUCUCACGCGUGGGAGAGGCCUGGAGGCCCAAGGAUAUGUUGUUCGAGUCUGGGAUGCUGGAGUUUAUCUGCUGUACAGCCAGGUCCUGUUUCACGAUGUGACUUUCACCAUGGGUCAGGUGGUAUCUCGGGAGGGCCAGGGAAGGCAGGAGACUCUAUUCCGAUGUAUACGAAGUAUGCCCUCCAACCCCGACUGGGCCUACAAUAGCUGCUACAGCGCAGGUGUCUUCCAUUUACACCAAGGAGAUAUUCUGAGUGUUGUAAUCCCUCGGGCAAGGGCGAAACUUAGCCUUUCUCCACAUGGAACCUUCCUAGGGGUUGUGAAACUGUGAUUGUGUUGCAAAAGAUGGUUCUGAGCUUGGAAGACCAGGGUGGGUACCCUCUACCUCUUCACCCCACAAGAAGCCUCAUCCUCAUUUCCCUCUCUCCAUCAACUGUGCUCCAGUUUCCAUCACUAACUCCAGCGGUGCAACUAUUAUGUGCCCGUCUGCAGAGGGUGCCCGACAACGACGGUCCCCUCGGAUCCACAUUAUUACUCUUCGGGUCUCAGCGUUGCCUUUCCUGCUCUCCAUUGCCCUGGCGUGGCAGGCCGCUCUAAACCUGUCUGUGCUGGGACCGGUCGCCGAGGAGCCUUGGAUGAAUCGUACGCCCUGGUGCUGGUCCUGUCUCUCUGAAUUCUCCUUUCUGUGCAAAACCUGCCUAAAGAUAAAAAAAAAAAUAAAGGAGAAUAAAUAAAGCUCGGAUCCA